AAGCUUUAACAGAGGAAUUUGUACCUCUUCUCUGCAGGUUUUGUAAUUCCAACUAAACCCUUCAAAACCCUCGUAGCAUUUUCGUGAACCGUCUAAUCACUUCGCUGCCUCCACUAAUGGCGACCCAAGCCCUCUCUCGCGCUCUCCUCUCGAAACCCAAAGCCCUUUCUUCCUUACUCUUCCCUUCCUCCCGCUCUUUCUCUUCCUUUUCCUCCUCCUCCUCCGCCGCUUCCUCCACCAAAACUCUUAUCACCCCAUCGCCACCCCCUUCCCUCUCCUUCCUCCGUCGCCUUCGUGCCCCGCCUUACUACUCACUCCUUCGAGGCUCACUUUCCCCAGCUGUUAAAUCGUUCUCGACUCGAGCAGCCAGGUCCUCCCUCAAUGAUCCCAAUCCUAACUACUCGAACCGGCCCCCGAAAGAGACCAUCUUGCUCGACGGAUGUGAUUUUGAGCAUUGGCUUGUUGUGAUGGAGCCGCCUAAAGAGGAUGCUACUAGGGAUGAUAUUAUUGAUAGUUAUAUCAAAACCCUAGCUCAAGUAGUGGGCAGUGAGGACGAAGCAAGAAUGAAGAUAUACUCAGUUUCAACCAGACAUUACUAUGCAUUUGGUGCUUUGGUGUCUGAAGAGGUCUCAUAUAAGAUCAAAGAACUUCCUGGAGUUCGGUGGGUUCUUCCAGAUUCCUAUCUAGAUGUGAAGAACAAGGAUUAUGGAGGGGAACCUUUCAUUAAUGGGCAAGCUGUGCCUUAUGACCCAAAAUACCAUGAGGAAUGGGUGAGAAAUAAUGCUAGAGCAAAUGAGAGAAAUAGGCGCAAUGACAGGCCACGCAAUUAUGAUAGAUCAAGGAACUAUGAGAGGAGAAGGGAGAACAUGAAUACUCGAGAUAGUCAGAUGCCUCCUCAAAAUCAGGGCAUGCAGAAUGUCGCUCCAAAGACUGCUGGGAUGCCUCCCAACAACAUGGGAGGGAUGCCACCCCGCAACAUGGGAGGGAUGCCUCCCCAGAACAUGGGAGGGAUGCCUCCCCAGAACAUGGGAGGGAUGCCACCCAACAACAUGGGAAGGAUGCCACCCAACAAUAUGGGAGGAAUGACACCGAAUCAAGGAUGGUCCGGUAACAUGCCUGGAAAUGCUCCAAACUUCCAAACUGGCCCCAACUAUGGAAACGCUCCUGGAAAUGCGCAGAACUUCCAACCUGGUCCUGGUCCUAACUAUGGAAACACACCUUACCAAGGUGCUACACCCAAUGCUCAAUAUCACCAGAAUAACUAUCCUCCAAAUGUUGGUGGAGGAAACAUGCCUGGUGGGAACUACCAAUCUUAAAUCUUUGUUCUAAUAUGAAUUCAGAGACCAUUGUAGCUUUUAGGCAUUGUUGUAGAUAAAGAUAAUAUGCCUAGACUUAUGGUUAUUGGCUACUAAAGAAUUGCUAUUGAAUAUGUUGGGCAACUUAUAAGUUAUAACAGAUUCAUUUGUUUGCA